AUCAGACUAUAUAUUUAUUACACCGGUGCCCGCGCCCACCCCUGCACGGUGUCAGCCGAGGAGAAAGGAAGCAGGCCCACCCGGCGGCCAUGCCGGCGGCGCCGGCCGGUGGCCCCAUCACCUUCCGGGGGGCGCCGCCCCGGCCCUCCGCCGGCGGCUCCGCCGUGGUCCUGCCGCCGCCCGGCCCGCCGGCGCACGGGGGCGCUGCGCCGAGGCUCGUGCCGCCCUCGGUGCCGGUGGACGCCUUCUCGCACGCGACCGCGCAGUCGUGCGUGCAGCGGCCGUCGUUGCCGCUGAAGGCGAGGCCUGCGGCGGGCGCGUUCAUACCCGCAGGUAGAAGUCGCAUGUGGUUCCUGAUGCUGGCGGGAAUGCUACUGAUGCUCCUCGUAGUGAUGACGCCGCUGUGGGACGCCGCCCGCCUCCUGGGCGACCCGACGUUUGUAUUCUUUUUGGGCCACGGGCUGCCCCUCUGGACCGUCGCGUGCUGCCUCGCCGCGCUCGCGGCGUACGCCGCCGUCGUCCUCGCGGCCCUGCGGCCGGGCCCCCUGCAGGAGCGCUGCACGGAGCAGGCCCUGCUGGCGGUGUUCGCCGCGAUCCUGGGCCUCCUGGGGCUGUCCUUCCUGGUCCUCGCGGCUCCGCUCGCCUCGCAGGCUAACGUGACCCACUCGCAGAUUUUCUUGGGCUGCCAGCACGGCGUCGACACGCAGGCCAAGGUGCUCUUUGAGUAUGCCUCCUCGAUGCAGGCGCUGCGGGCAACGCCGGCGUGCAGCUCCCGUGCGAGCGUGGAGGGCUGCGAGGGCUACCGGGAGUACAGCCCCUACUCCGGCGUCCUGAAGGCGAUGGAGCAGACGUACCGGUGCGCCGGGUACUGCCAGCCCCUGCUCGGGGCGCCCGCGCUCCUCUCCGCCGGCCUCGCGGCCGAGGCGCCAGCGACGGCCAACGAGUCCGCCGCGGCGCCCGCGCAGGCCCCGGCGGCGGCGGAGGUCGAGCUGGAGCAGUUCCGCGGCAGGGACCGCGCCCGCCUCGAGGACGCGGGGCCCUCCCGCCUGCAGGGCCGCCUGGCCGCGGCCCUCCUGCGGCACUUCGCGGGGCGGCGGCCGGCUGACGCCAGGCACCCGCACGCGGCCCAGGGGGCGCUGGCGGCGGAGCAGGACGCGGACGGCCAGCAGCAGGAGGCGGGCCAGCCCGCGGCUGGCGCAGCCCUGGCUCUGCUGCAGAAGGCGGUCGUGCACCGGGAGGUACGGGAGGUCGGCGUCCACAAGAGGGCCCGCGAGGAGCUCCUGGGCAAGGGCGCAGCGGGUGUCCACCAGCCCACGCUGUUCAGCCUCGACAACCACCAGGCAUCGUGCGACGGCAUGGCGUCCCGCGCGCUCGUGUCCAAGGCGACCGACGCCAGCAACGUCCUCUUCACCGAGGGCCUGGCCCUGCUCUUCGCGGCGGCGCUGGUUGCGAUGCUGAAGGUGGGCACCACGUUCACCGAGUUUGUCGACAGCACGGGCAUGAGAUCUUUUUUGGAGACGCCGAUGAAGGCGCUCGACCAGAAGCCGGCCGUCUGAGCGGUCCUCUCUUCUGCCCCCCCCGCCCGCGCUUUGUCGACGCCCGGAGCGGGUGCGAGGAACUGGUUCGAGGCCCAGCAGCACAUGUGGCCCCAAGCUGGCGGCGCCCGCUGUUCAAGAGGCGGCCUUCUGUCUCCAAGUGGGCAGUGCCCGCGGCGACGCCGGCAGCGAGUCCUGCGCACAUGAACAGCAGAUGCCGUCGG